CGCUUCACCUUUCCUGUUACCCUGUAAAUCAGACAGAUGUGUGCAGCUGUGGCCCCCGGCAUGGAACACUAUCGGGACUGGCUGGCUAGCGUGUUCUGAAGCUUGACGUACUCGCGGUAUUGUCCUGACUUCACUUCCGGGUUGGACAUCCUGGCUGGACUGCGCCGCUGAAGUGUGGUUGCCAUGGAGUCAUUUGGUAGGCAGGAGUUCUUGUGGUUUCUUGCAGAGGGUUGUGUUGUUCCUACUGCAUGGCAAGGCCUGGAACAGGUAUGGCAGCUGCUGCUUGUCUGCUGUCUCUGCCGUAUCGUCUGCAGACUAAGUUUUCCAGUUUACAUGAAGCACCUGAGUUCAUUGGCAGGGGGUCUUUAUGUGCUCUAUGUGUUCUUUGAUCUAAACAUGAUAUGGGUGAUCGCACUCAGUCUCGUCUGCUACCUCAUCCUCUUCCUCUGCCGAGAGUCCAGCAACAGAGGAGUUUUUCUCUCCUUUGCUAUCCUUAUCUACAUGCUCAUGGGAGAGCUGCAUAUGAUUGAUGCAGAAACCUGGCAUAAGAUGAGAGGCUCUCAGAUGGUGGUGGCCAUGAAGGCCAUUUCUUUGGCUUUUGACCUCGACAGAGGGAUAGUGUCCUCCUUUCCUACAAUGCUGGACUUCCUUGGGUACAUAUGCUUUGUGGGAUCAGUCAUCUUUGGUCCAUGGAUUAGUUUCAGCAGCUACAGAGAGGCUGUGGAUGGUCGUAAAAUGGAUUUUGCCUGGUUCGCAAAAAUCACUUUAAGCUUUAUAAAGAGUCAGGUUUGCCUCAUCAUCUCCACCUGCAUUGCUCCAUAUCUCUUCCCUUACUUCAUUCCCAUAUACGUUGAUGGACUACCUCAUAGAUGGCUUCAUGCCUACGAGAAUGCCGUGUCCUUUCAUUUCAGUAACUACUUUGUUAGUUAUCUGAGUGAAGCAACCAUGGUUAUGGCUGGGGCUGGAUUUUCUGAGCAUAAAGACAACCUUAAAUGGGAUAUUUCAGUGGCAAAGCCUCUCAAUGUUGAAUUUCCCAGAUCCAUGGUGGAAGUGGUCACUUCUUGGAAUCUGCCUAUGUCUCGUUGGCUGAACAAAUAUGUCUUCAAGAGUGCACUGAAACUUGGUACUUUUCCUGCCAUUUUGGUGACAUACACUGCUAGUGCGUUACUACAUGGCCUCAGUUUCCAUUUAGGAGCUGUGCUCCUGUCUCUGGGAUUUAUCACCUAUGUAGAGCAUGUUCUUAGAAAGAGACUCGCAGCCAUUUUCAGUGCCUGCAUACUGUCGAAGCGCUGUCUAAAUGACUGCCAGCACCAGAACAAAAAGAAUUUAUGGGUGUAUGGAAUUAAUCUGUUCUUCAGUGCGUUGUCCAUCUUUCAUCUCACAUAUCUGGGCUCACUUUUUGAUCUGGAUGCUGAAGAUGAAAAGGGAUACUUGGCUAGUCACACUAUUCAGACAUGGUCAGAACUAAACUGGGCCAGCCACUGGGUGAUGCUAGGCUGCUGGGUCUUCUAUUGGCUCAUUUAAAGCAAUGUAUGAAAGCAUGGAAUGUUUUCAUUACAAAUGUCACAGUGAACUGAAACUUUUCUUUGUUUUACACUCCUGUGUUGCAGAGAUGGCAUGAAAUUUGCCAUGACUGCCAAUUUGAAAUUUACUGUAUAUUUUAGGCAUGAUGUUAUUAAAUGGUUUAGUUUUUGUAUGCUACAGUAUUUGAUCCAGUUUUUUUAUAUUUUACAAAUAAAACAGCUUAAAAUGG